CUUCAAGUUAAAACUAGUAGCGAUAUCUUUUGAUACCUUCCAGUACUUGAAUAAGGCACUGUAGGAUGUAUAGUUUCUCCCAAUAGGUGGCCUCGCGGAUAAAGUUUGUCAAAUAUUUUUUUUGUUUUUAAUUUUGUUCGUCUGAUUUUUUUGAAGUGAUGGGUACUUUCAAACUUUGAAAUUCGAUUAAAAAUACAGUUGUUUAGUUUAGUUAGGACAUUUUUGUUGAUAUUUGUUCCUGAAUAAUUAUGAAAGGGUAGAUCGUUAUCCUUCACUAACCUCCACACCAGCAGCACCCUCAAAACAAGCACGACCAUUUCAGGUCCAAAGUAAGUUCAAUGACCUGUCUCUGAAUAUAAACGUAAACUAAUUAAGAUUUAUUUUUUAUUUUUUGCACAACAGUAAGCCAAAUGUUGUCUGGACAUAUUAAAAAAAAGUCCAAAGGCAUAAUUGGGCCAUUUUUUUUCGAAAAUGAGCAAGAAGUGGCCGUUACAGUCAAUGGCGAUCGUUAUCGUGCAACGUUGAACGAAUUUUUGUUCAAAAAAAUUGAAGAGGAGGAUAUUGACAACAUUUGGUUUCAAUAGGACGGCACUACGUGCCACACAGCCGAAGCUACACUCGAUGUUUUGCGCCCUAUUUUUGAAGAUCGCAUUAUCAGCCGCAGAGCUGAUGUCGUUUGGCCACCUCGGAGCUGCGAUUUGACACCUUUGGACUAUUAUUUGUGGGGUGCCGUCAAAGAUACGUGUUACGCCGACAAGUCAGAGACAAUUAACGCUUUAAAGGACAAUAUUCGUGAAGUCAUUGGUGAAAUACAGCUACACACAAUCGAUAAUGUGCUUAAAAAUUGGACCGAUCGUGUAGGCUACUGCAUGGUUAGCCGAGGCAGCCAUUUGAAUGAAAUUAUAUUCCGUUAUUAACCGGAAGGAUUGUACUUUUAAAUAAAAAAUAUUCAGUAGUUUUUUUAUAGCAUUUAAAAAAAGUUAUUUGGCGGACCCAUUAUAUAGAAAUGAGAUAUACUAAAUUACGUAAAAAUAUAAAAUAUAAUUAAAAAUACUGAUUUCAGGUAAUAAAACUGCUCUAGAGAAGUCAAGAGUCAUGGUGCCAAGACAUGAAGAGUUAAGGGUACAGGCUGAAUUAAAUAAUUCGGAAUCUACGAGUAUAAAGCUAUUAUCUGAAUCUUUUAAGUUAAUAACAGAAAGCAUUGAUCGAUUUUUGUUACAAUAAAUGUUGUAUAAGUCCUCAAUAUUGUGUGAUAUAAAAUUGGUACUAAAUACAAUUACUAAACUAAAUAAACUUCUUAUGUUUUCAGUAUGUGUUGUUGCAAGGUCUUAAAAUUGACAGAACGUAAGACCCAUGACUAGACCCAAUAACGCUGUAAUUCAGCACCAUCAGCCCUUUUACGUCCCCAUUUCAGAGGCUUAGUCCUUUCUUGUUGAGGUUUAAAAUUAUAAUGUUAAAAAAAUGUUAAAGAAAAUGAAUGUUAAAAAAAUCAUGUUUCGAUUAAGGUUCAGUUAUAGUUCAGUUGAAAAUAUUUAGCGCGAUCGAGCUCCUGAUAUCCAAAUCUUGCAAUGGUCAUGAAAAGUUCAGAUCUAAUCCGAUUGAGAACCUCUGGGCACAAAUGAUUCUCAAUUGCGAUCCCAAUAAGUUGCUGUUGUGAAUGAACCCAUAUAUACCUAUAUAUUAUAUAAUAAUAAGAGUGAACGCGGCCGGCAGCAUGUCCAUCGCGGCCCCUGCCAUUAGAGAGGCCUUACACGUUAGGUUUAGCAUGAUAGUUUUACCUGUACAUGCAUAGCCGACAAGCAAGCCUUAGCGUGUAUGUGGUUAAACUGUACAGUUAUCGGUGCAUGUACAUGCAACCGAGCAAAUAUCAAAAUUGAUAUUUUAUGCCGCUGGCGUCCGCGAGCUUGCCUGUCGGAGUUCUGUUUUUAAUUUGUUGCGACGGCGGAAGGUCGCGCGCGCCUGCACCAUCGCGUCGUUUCGAAAAUGGCGAGUCGCAAGCGCAAUGCCAUAUUAGAAGAAUUCAUAGAAAUUUAUAAGUCAGAACCUUGUCUUUGGCGCGUAAAGUGCAAAGAAUAUCACGACAGAGACAAACGAUCGGCAGCAUACCAUAGAUGGAUGAGUAAGCUCAAGGAAUUAGAGCCCACUGCUACAAAAGAGGAUGUGAUUAAAAAAAUUAAUACGUUACGUAGUAACGUUAGACGAGAGAGAAAAAAAUACGAAGUAUCUGUGAAGUCUGGAGCAUCGACUGACGACAUUUAUAAACCAACACUGUGGUACUUUGAAUUAUUCGAUUUUAUUGGUGAUCAAGAAGUUCCUCGCAGCUCGCGAUCAAACAUUUCUGAUAUUGAUGAGAAUUAUUCUAAGGUACGUAUAAAUUAGUGA